AUGGCGACCAUCAAACUUCCCUACCCAUCACUGACGACAACUACCGCUGUCCCUGGCACGUGCACAGAAAGUCCCCAAUGUCCUUACCUCACCGGCACAUUUAAUCUGUGUGAAGAUCCAAAAUCUGCCCGAGACAUCUGUCCCAUAUCUUGUGACGCCUGCACACAGAUGAUUCAGUCUCCUACGCCAACAUGCGAGGAUAGCCCUGAAUGUGGUAUGUUGUCACUACACUUCGCCAGUACCAUGUGUGAUGAGGAACACACACGGACUGUUUUGUGUCCCCAGACAUGUAAAUCUUGUGAACAAUUAUCACUGACCCCUUCCACCAAAGUUACCACGCCGACAACCACCCUGACAACCACGCCCACAACCACCCUGACAACCACGCCCACAACCACCCUGACAACCACUCCGACGACUGCCACUGAAAUCCCGACCUCCGCACUGAGUUGUGAAGAUAGUUCUGCGUGCGCACACUUAAUGACUUUUCUCGACAUCUGCAGCGACCCACAAUCAGCCAUGAGUAUAUGUCCAUCCUCCUGUAACAAAUGUCACCCUGAUAUUUUAUCCUCUGUCACACCAACAUCUUUAAAAUCAACAAAGCCCAGUCACGUUACCAUGUCACCAAUAACUUGCAAAGAUUAUCCAAUUUGUAAGGCUUUGCAGGAAAAUUCUAAUAUCUGUGCGUCGGACAUUUCCGCCAGCCAUCCAAUUUGUCCUGUCAUGUGCGGCCUUUGUGAGGUAGGUGGCACAAGUCACUGGUUGCUGUUUCCACAAACGAAUGACAGAUCAACAAGCACUAACACGCAUGCGUGUGUUGAUGAAGAUGACACGUGCCCAAAACUUAAAGAGACAUUCAACCUGUGUGUGGAUGAACAAUUGAUAGAACAGUUCGGCUGUUACAAAACCUGUAACAAGUGUGGUGAGUAUAUUUGA